AUGGACCUGAGCAUGAAGAAGUUCACCGUGCGACGGUUCUUCUCCGUGUACCUGCGCAAGAAGUCGCGCUCCAAGAGCUCCAGUCUAAGUCGACUCGAGGAGGAAGGCACCGUGAAGGAGAUCGACAUCAGCCACCAUGUGAAGGAAGGGUUUGAAAAGGCCGACCCUUCCCAGUUUGAACUGCUGAAAGUCUUAGGACAAGGAUCCUACGGAAAGGUGUUCCUGGUGAGGAAGACCAAGGGGUCUGACACGGGACAGCUGUACGCGAUGAAAGUCCUUAAGAAAGCUACUUUGAAAGUUCGGGACCGAGUCCGAUCGAAGAUGGAAAGAGACAUUUUGGCAGAAGUGAAUCACCCUUUCAUUGUGAAGCUUCAUUAUGCCUUUCAGACGGAGGGGAAGCUGUACCUGAUACUGGACUUCCUGCGAGGAGGGGACCUCUUCAGCCGGCUCUCCAAAGAGGUGAUGUUCACUGAGGAGGAUGUCAAGUUCUACCUGGCUGAGCUGGCCUUGGCGUUAGACCACCUGCACGGCCUGGGGAUCAUCUACAGGGACCUGAAGCCCGAGAACAUCCUGCUGGACGAAGAGGGACACAUUAAGAUCACAGAUUUCGGGCUGAGUAAGGAGGCCAUCGACCACGAUAAGAGAGCUUACUCCUUCUGCGGGACCAUAGAGUACAUGGCACCCGAGGUGGUGAACCGGCGGGGACACACGCAGAGCGCCGACUGGUGGUCCUUCGGUGUGCUCAUGUUCGAGAUGCUCACGGGAUCGCUGCCGUUCCAGGGGAAGGACAGGAAGGAGACCAUGGCCCUCAUCCUCAAAGCCAAGCUGGGCAUGCCACAGUUCCUCAGCACCGAAGCCCAGAGCCUGCUGAGAGCCCUCUUCAAACGGAACCCGUGCAACCGUCUGGGUGCUGGCCUCGACGGGGUAGAGGAGAUCAAGCGGAACCCCUUCUUCAUGACCGUAGACUGGAAUAAGCUGUACCGGAAGGAGAUCAAGCCGCCAUUCAAGCCAGCGGUGGGCAGGCCCGAGGACACCUUCCACUUCGACCCCGAGUUCACAGCACGGACGCCCACAGACUCACCUGGCGUCCCCCCCAGCGCCAACGCUCAUCAUCUGUUCAGAGGAUUCAGUUUCGUGGCCUCGAGUCUGGUCCAGGAGCCCUCGCCGCAAGAUCUGCACAAAGCCACGGUCCACCCCAUCGUGCAGCAGUUACACGGGAACAACGUACACUUCACCGACGGCUACGAGAUCAAGGAGGACAUCGGGGUGGGCUCCUACUCCGUGUGCAAGCGAUGUGUGCAUAAAGCGACGGAGGCAGAGUACGCCGUGAAGAUCAUCGAUAAGAGUAAAAGAGACCCCUCGGAAGAGAUCGAGAUUCUCCUGAGAUACGGACAGCAUCCGAACAUCAUCACGCUCAAAGACGUUGUUCAUCGAGACCUGAAGCCGAGUAACAUUCUGUACAUGGACGAGUCUGGAAACCCUGAGUCCAUCCGCAUCUGCGACUUUGGGUUCGCCAAGCAGCUUCGAGCUGAGAACGGGCUGUUGAUGACACCCUGCUACACGGCAAACUUUGUCGCCCCGGAGGUCCUGAAGCGACAAGGCUAUGACGCAGCGUGUGACAUCUGGAGUCUGGGGACCCUGCUUUACACCAUGCUGGCAGGAUUUACCCCUUUUGCAAACGGCCCCGAUGACACUCCCGAGGAGAUUUUGGCGAGGAUCGGCAGUGGGAAAUACGCCCUUUCUGGGGGGAACUGGGACUCCGUCUCUGAUGCGGCAAGGUGAGAUGUCGUAUCCAAGAUGCUCCACGUGGACCCUCAUCAGCGCCUGACGGCAGUUCAAGUUCUCAAACACCCAUGGAUCGUGAACAGAGAGUACCUGUCCCAAAACCAGCUCAGCAGACAGGACGCCCACCUGGUGAAGGCUCCUACCAGAGACUGCCUGCCGCCCGUCCCCUACACCUUCACCAAAAGGCAUGGGCGUACCCAGAGCGCACCCGGGCCGCCCACGCGGGCACUCCGGGCGCACCCCGGCCCGGCCAAGGUGCCCUUGCGGGUACGGCGGCACAGACCCUCGGGCGGCCGCCACCGACCGUCACCUCCGCGCCAGAGGACUGCGGCGGCCGGGGCUGAGCCAGCGCCAGCCAAUCCCCGGCCGGCCCCGGCCGUUUUACGGCAGCAGGUCCCAGCCAAUCCGCGCCGCCGCCUCCCGCCCUGCGCCCUCCCAUAG